GGAGGACCAGGAAACAUUCAGUAAUGGAGAUAUUUCUCCAGGAUACAGGCAUAAAUCAGACUCAUCGGAGUCCACCUGUGUAUACAUGAAGAGUGAAAUGUCUAUGGAUGGGCCAUUAGAAUUUAAGGGAAGACACAAAUCAACUGAUCUGAGACAAAUCCACAGAGAUAAAUCCAACUCCUCAGAGUCCAGCUGUGUGUCCAUGAAGGAUAAAAAAUAUUUGGACAGUCCAGUAAGAUUUAAAGGAAGAGACACAUCAACUGAUCUGCGGUAUAAUAUUCUCAAUUUCAAAUCAAAUCUGCUGAAAAAGUUUCAGUGUCUGUAUGAAGGAACAGCAGAGCAAGGAAACCCAACACUUCUGAAUGAGAUCUACACAGAGCUCUACAUCACAGAGAGUGAAAGAAGAGAGACAAGUAAUGAGCAUGAGGUGAGACAGAUUGAGAAACAAUCCAGAAGAGAAGCAACAGAGGACACACCAAUCAAAUGCAAUGACAUCUUUAGAGCUUUACCUGGACAAGAAAAACCCAUCAGAACUGUGCUGACAAAGGGAGUCGCUGGCAUUGGAAAAACAGUCUCUGUGCAGAAGAACAUUGUGGACUGGGCUGAAGGGAAAGAGAAUCAGGACGUCCAGCUCAUAUUUCCACUUCCUUUCAGAGAAAUCAACUUGAUGAAGGAAAAAACACUCAGUCUUUCAGAUCUGCUUCAUGACUUUUUCCCUGAAUCCAAAGAAAUGGAAAUAUCUAGUGAUGAAUAUAAAGUGUUGUUCAUCUUUGAUGGCCUGGAUGAGUGUCGUCUGUCUCUGGAUUUUCAGAGUGAUGUGAGGUUGUGUGAUGUAACUGAAUCAGCCUCAGUGAAUGUGCUUAUAACAAACCUUAUUGUGGGGAAUCUGUUUCCCUCUGCUCUCAUCUGGAUCACCUCCAGACCAGCAGCAGCUGAUCUCGUCCCCUCUGAGUGUGUCCAUCGAGUGACAGAGGUACGAGGCUUCAAUGAUCCACAGAAGGAGGAAUACUUCAGGAAGAGAGUCAGUGAUCAGAGUCUGGCCGAUAGGAUCAUCUCACACCUGAAGUCAUCAAGGAGCCUCUUCAUCAUGUGCCACAUCCCAGUGUUCUGCUGGAUCUCAGCCGCUGUUCUGGAGAAGAUGUUGAGUCGAGCAGAGAGUGGAGAGAUUCCCAAGACUCUCACUCAGAUGUACACACACUUCCUGAUCCUUCAGACCAACAUCAAACAUGAGAAGGACUAUGAGAAGACAGUCAAAGAUGAAGAUAUGAUCCUCAAACUGGGGAAACUGGCUUUCCAGCAGCUUGUGAAAGGCAACCUGAUCUUCUAUGAGGAAGACUUGAGAGAGUGUGGCAUUGAAGAGACAGAAGCAGCAGUGUACUCAGGAUUGUGCACUCAAAUCUUCAGAGAGGAGUUUGGCUUGAACCAGGGGAAAGUCUUCUGCUUUGUUCAUCUGAGCAUCCAGGAACAUCUAGCAGCUCUAUAUGCACAUCACUCCUUUACAGACAAGAACAGAAAUGUGUUUGACCAAACCAAACAAAGUGUCUUCUCUACAUUUUUAAGAUGGAUGAGUUCAUUAUCCAGCCUGCAUCAGAGAGCAGUAGAUAAGGCAUUACAGAGUAAGAAUGGACAUCUGGACCUUUUCUUGCGUUUUCUUCUGGGUCUCUCAUUGGAGUCCAAUCAGACUCUCUUACGAGAACUACUGACACAGACAGGAAGCUGCUCUUACAACAAAGAGGAAACAGUUAAGUACAUCAAGCAGAAGAUCAAGAGGAAUCGCUCUCCAGAGAGAUCCAUCAAUCUGUUUCACUGUCUGAAUGAACUGGGUGAUGAUUCACUGAUUCAGAAGAUCCAAGAUUAUCUGAAAUCUGGAAAAAUAAAAGAAACCAAACUCUCAUCUUCACAGUGGUCAGCUCUGGUUUAUGUGUUGCUGACAUCAGAGCAGAAGAAGGAUGAGUUUAAUCUGAAACAGUUUAUUGGAGUCCAAAAUACAGCAGAUGAAGUUCUUCAGAAGCUUCUGCCUUUGGUCAAAGUAUCCAGAUCAGUUCAUUUGAGGGAUUGUGGUGUCACAGAUGAAGGUUUUAUUCCUCUGGCUUCAGCUCUGAGAUCAAACCCUGAACACCUGAAAGAACUGGAUCUGUCUGGAAAUAAUCUAGGAGCAUCAGGAGGGAAUAUGCUUUCUGAUCUACUGAAUGAUCCUGACUGUAAACUGGAAAAACUUAAGUUGAGGGACUGUGGUGUGACGUAUAAAGGUUGUGCUGCUCUGACUUCAGCUCUGAGAUCAAACCCCUCACACCUGACAGAACUGGAUCUGUCUGGAAAUAAACUAAGAUCAUCAACGAUGAAUCUGCUCUCUGAUCUGCUGAAGGAUCUUCAUUGUAAAUUGAAAAUACUGUGGUUGGGUAAGUGUGGUGUCACAUAUGAAGGUUGUGCUGCUCUGGCUUCAGCUCUGAGAUCAAACCCUUCACACCUGACAGAACUGUAUCUGACUGGAAAUAAACUAAGAGUCUCAGAUGUGAAGCUGCUCUCUGAUAUGAAAGAUGACCCAAAUUAUGGACUUCAGAUUCUUCUGUUUUAGAUGUUCGUCUGAUCUUCUCUGGAUCAGCUGAUGGUGAAUAAAGAGACACUACAGACAGACAUCAUUCAACAGAAUCAACAGACACAACCCAUAGUGAUCAUCACACACGUGUUUGUGUAACUUUCC